UCAUGUCCUGUGCUCUCCUCUGCUGUGUUACUGAGCUCUACCUCUCUCCAGGCCUUCAUUCACUCUUCUGCUCACUCACAACAGCGACCAUGAGUCUGAGAACAAGCUACAGCGUGCGUUCCUCCACCUCCCAGGUGCCAGUGUCCCAGGUGUCUAUCAAGCGCACCACCAAUGUGCCGACUUACCGGGCUGCGAGCAUCCACGGUGGCGCCGGAGGUCAAGGAACCCGCAUCUCCUCUGCUUCCUACUCAGGAGUUCGCAGUGGACUGGGAGUUCCCUCGAUGUCCAGCUCCAUCCAAGUGAGUGCCAGUGGAACCACGGGUGAGAUCAUGGGCAAUGAGAAGAUGGCCAUGCAGAACCUGAACGACCGUCUGGCCUCCUACCUGGAGAAAGUGAGGAUCCUGGAGCAGGCCAACAGCAAGCUGGAGCUGAAGAUCCGGGAGGCCCUAGAGAAGAGAGGUCCUGAUGUCCAUGACUACAGCCGCUUCCAGCCAAUCGUUGAUGAGCUGCGCAAGAAGAUCUUUGAUGCCACCACAAACAAUGCUCGCCUAGUGCUCCAGAUUGACAACGCCCGCCUGGCAGCUGAUGACUUCAGAGUCAAGUAUGAAUCUGAGCUAUCCAUCCGCCAAGGUGUGGAGGCCGACAUCACCGGCCUGAGAAAGGUCAUCGACGACACCAACCUGAACCGCAUGAACCUUGAAAGCGAGAUUGAGGCCCUCAAAGAAGAGCUCAUCUUCCUUAAGAAGAACCAUGACAAUGAGGUAAUGGAGCUUCGUAACCAGAUCUCCCAGUCCGGAGUGCAGGUGGACAUUGAUGCUCCUAAGGGACAGGAUCUUUCCCAGAUCAUGGAGGAGAUCAGAGCCAAGUACGAGAAGAUGGCCCUGAAGAACCAGGAGGAGCUGAAGGCCUGGCACGAAUCUCAGAUCACAGAGGUUCAGGUACAAGUCACGCAGAACACAGAGGCCCUCCAGGGUGCCCGUUCAGAGGUUAACGAACUUCGCAGACAAAUUCAGACAUUGGAGAUUGAGCUGGAAUCACAGAAGAACCUGAAAGGGUCACUGGAGGGAACUCUGCGGGACACAGAAAUGCGAUACAACAUGGAGAUCGAGAAUCUCAACACAAUCAUCCUGCAGUUGGAGGCUGAGCUCACACAACUGCGCGGUAACAUCCAGCAACAGACGCAGGAGUAUGAGGCUCUGCUGAACAUGAAGAUGAAGCUGGAGGCAGAAAUCGCCACCUACAGGAGGCUACUGGACGGUGGAGACUUCAAACUCCAGGAUGCUCUUGAAGAGCAGAAGAAGGUCAAAGUCAUGACGGUCACGCAGACGCUGGUGGAUGGAAAGGUGGUGUCAUCAAGCACAGAAACCAAGGAGAGGAAACUUUAAACAUCCAAUUUCAGAUGAAGAGCCACAACACAUCAGAAAAACCUCAUGGGCUAUUGUUAAAAUGAUCUUAAAACAAAAUGAGCUUAACACAUUAGAUACUGUAUCUAUUUAUUCCAAAGUGCCUUAUUGUAAGCAUCUCAAAGCACAUGCUGUAUGCAAUGAGAUUUAGCCAGUACAUUUCAACACUAUUUUAAAAAACUUCCAUUUUAAUAACUAUAUCCAAAAAACCAAAGGUCAAAGAACACUAAUAAAACAUUUUAGAUAUUUUUGUAAUGACAGUAAAUGUUUACGAUCACCAAUUGUUCCAUUUUGUUCUAUGUUGUGUUGUUGUCAUAAUGUCUUGUCUUUUCCAAAUAAAAGACACUUUUAACAAA